AUGUCCGUCCAGGCAAGCUAUGGCAAGAAAUUUGCCAAGACCAUCCUGGAGCUCCGAGCCCCGAGCCUCCGACGCUGCACUCACACAAUUCGCAGACAUGUGCAACGCACCUUCACCCAAGGUUACGUUGCACUUUCCAUGGCCGCCCAUCACCUAGCCACGCCUACCAGGCUCACCGAGACGACUGAACAAGACGCAGAGACAUGUUUCGACCAGUGCGUUCAACACACUGGCUAUGCAUAUGACACUGCAUCUGGCUCCGCCGAGGACAGUGCUGCCACUUGGUCUAUUCAGCCUACUUCGGCGACUUCUUCCGGUACCCUUGCGAGCUCAGAGAGGGACAACUGGGACCUACUCAUUGUGUGCUCAAAGUGUGGUAUGCCACAAGACGUCUUUCCGUAUGAUCCCACAAUAUUAUUGCCUCCCUGGAAACUGUUGGCGGCGGCUAGAAUAGUGGCAACACGCAACGACAUGUUCGCUGUGCUCCGGCCGCCUUUCAAUAUAGAUACCGCUCCCGAUGCGUUCUAUUUUCUGGGUGAAUUGAGGUCACGGUCGUCAAUUCGACGCUAUGAGGACCAUUCCGAGAUCCACUUGAACGGCUACCAUUCGACUCAUAUGGCCAAGUCUCCCAAGCGAUCCGAACAAUGGUCAUAUUCAGCUAGUUCCAUACCUUGCGCAGAUGAGGGUUGGUCGACUGGACUGCUCCUGGACGACAAUCGUUGCCAUAGGGAGCUCUUAAUUCGUUCUCAUUAUGCACCAGUGGAAUUGAUACUCAUACUUGGCGGUAACGGGCAGCAGGAGACUUUGCAUCACAUCCAGGCCGACAAAUCCUCGAGCCGGAUAGGUAUGGUCUGGACGCUUAGCGGUCUCAAACCUUCAGGCUUCCACAAAGCACGAAGAACAGUAUUCGACGCUGUGCACUCCGACUUGCGCGCCCUCGCUUUCUGGACUUUCGCCACAAGGCCGUCCAGUAUCAGCAGCCAUUUCGUCCAACAUCCGCACAGCGACGGUCUACUUCAUUCGAACAAUGUUCACUCGCGACUUCUCAUCAGCCACAGUGGACGUCUCAAGGCCGCCAACACUAUACCAUAUACCUACGCACUAGCUUCAAGAGACUCGACUUCCAUCAUGAAAAGGGGGCGGCCGACUAGCAGAAGAGAUCUGCGUGAUGAUUUUGGCUAG